AUGGGAGGACAAAAGACGGCAAUAGAUGAAGAAAAUGUCUAUGGCUUAGAAGAGGAAAGUCGGUCCUUCCUGGGGCCCACAUUGCGGCUCAUCCUGGUGGGGAAAACAGGCGCAGGUAAGAGCGCCACCGGAAACAGCAUCCUGGGACAGCAAGAGUUCUGCUCCAGACUCAGUCCCACCCCCGUGACCAGAGCCUGCGUCACGGCCAGCCGGAAGAGGGCUAAGUGGCACGUGGAAAUCACAGACACCCCAGACAUUUUCCGCUCCGAAAUCCCCCAGACAGACCCCGAGUACGAGGAGAGAGGUCGCUGCUACCUGCUCUCUGCCCCCGGGCCCCACGCCCUGCUCCUGGUGACCCAGCUGGGCCGGUACACUGCCCAGGACCAGCAGGCUGUGAAGGCCGUGCGGGACAUGUUCGGGGAGGGCAUCCUGAAGCGAGUGGUCGUCGUCUUCACCAGGAAGGAGGACCUGGGCGAGAGCUCUCUGCAGGAUUACGUGCGCUGCACCGACAACCAGGCCCUGCGGGAGCUGGUGGCCGAGUGCGAGGGGCGGGUCUGCGCCUUUGACAACCGAGCCACUGGCCGGGAGCAGGAGGCCCAGGUGGAGGAGCUGCUGGGGCUGGUGGAGGGCCUGGUGAGGGAGCGCGGGGGCGCCCACUACACCAACGAGGUGUACGACCUGGCGCAGGCCCUGCACUGGGCGAGCCCGGAGGAGAGACUCCGGAGGGUGGCGGAGACGGUGGCGGCCCGCGUGCAGAG